UCCAGCUCGCACGCCGCCUGUUGCUCUCUAUUCCCGGCCGCCGGUUUCCCGCCCGGAAGGUAGGCGGACCGAGAGUACCAGCGCGUGGGUUGCCUCCCGCCUUCCUCUCCUCCCGGCUCAAGGGUGAUCAAGGGGCCCCCGGGCGUCCCCGACAGCGCGGACGCUGCCAGCUCCCGGCGCGCCCUGGACCGCGCGCCCAGACUCCGGGCGCUGCGCCGCGAUGAACGCGAGCUUCCUGAACCACAGCGGCCUGGAAGAGGCAGGUGGUGACGCCCGGGCCGCCCUGGGGAACCGUAGCCACGGGCUGGGCACGUGGCUAGACUGCUGCUCCGGGGGCGCACCGCUGACCGCCAGCGACGGGGUCCCCGCUGGGCUGGCACCCGACGAACGCAGCCUGUGGGUGUCGCGCGUGGCGCAGAUCGCCGUACUCUGCGUGCUGUCGCUCACCGUGGUCUUCGGCGUUUUCUUCCUGGGCUGCAACCUGCUCAUCAAGUCCGAGAGCAUGAUCAACUUUCUGAUGCAGGAGCGCAGGCCCUCCAAGGACGUGGGCGCCGCCAUCCUGGGACUAUACUGAGCUCCGGCCGCCUUCGUCAACGUCGCAGCACCGCGAGCGAGGGACCGCAGAACAUCUGCCUCGAGGCUUUAGCCCCCGGCCGCGGUCAGCGACGUGGCUCGUACCGCCCCGGCCUGAACAUCUCGGGACUCAGCAGCAGCAGAGCGUGCGAAAGGACUGUCACUCCGGGCUCUCACUCCGUUUGCGCUCCAGUGGGGGUCGGGAGCGCAGGUUUUUU